AUGUUUUGGGAAACAGAUAAAUUACAUAUAGAGCUGUCUGAUAGCCUAAAUAAAUAUGGGAUAGGACCACAUAUUAUUAAAUCUUUCUGCGAAUAUGGGAUUGCUCGAUCUGAGAAAAAUAAUCCGAAAUACAAUUUAAUCGAAUACUCUCAGGAUUCAUUUAAAAAGAAUAUAAUACCGCACUGCAAAAUUUAUCCAAAGUUUGAAUAUGAAUCCCAUUUAGAGAGAAUCAGGAGGAUAAAUGGAUCAAAUUACUCUGAAAUCUCUUUCACUAAUAAGAAACCAUUAAUUAUAAUAUUUUUUGUUACAAUUGAUCUAUAUGACGAAAUAUUAAGUAUAAAUAAACUUAAUAUUAAAGAGUAUUUUGGGCAUGAAGUUAUUGACUUGCUAUUUCUUGAAGCUAAGAAGUUUGCAUCAAUUGCGGGAGCUCGCUGUAUAGUUAUUUGGGUGGGUAUAAGAGAUUGUUUGUCCCAGGAAUCAUUAUUUAGCAAGGGAACUCAAGAACUAAAAUCCAACAAUGGGAUUGAAACCAUAAAUAAUAAAUCAAACCAAAGGUUGAUUGAUGGGACAUGUUUGGACAAAUGCAUAACAAAUUUGCUAGUUGAUUAUUCUAUUGAUAGUUUUGAAGCAAGAAGCGAACUAGAGGCAAGUCAGUAUCUAAUAAGCAUUGUUUCAGGGCUGCAAGAGGUUCAAAAAAGACCUAUUUCCUCAAAAUACAAACCCAAAAAUAUUUCAGGAACAAAUAAUAAUCCAUGGAUUACUCAAAUUAUGCAAAUACCAGGUCUUUCAGAUGACUCUGCAAGAGGAAUAGAGGAAGCUUACAAGACACCGAAGGAAUUAAUUAGGUAUAUCAAGGAUAAUAUAACUAUGAAAGGAUUAGUUUCAAGUAAAUCAAGUUUAUUCCUUGAAAGCUUAGACGGGCAUUCCAAUUUAGUAGAUAUCGAAAAUUCUCCAUGGUUCAAUAAACUGGCAAAUAUUACAUAUUUCUGCUCUAAAGGUUUUUGCGUCCGUAAGAUAGGUAAGGCACGAGCCAGAAAAUUAGUUAUUUUAUAUGGAAAUAUGUCGCUUCCAUCGAAAAUGAUUGGGGACCAAAUUUUAUAA